AUGGCACAGCAGCUGUUCUUAAUUGAUUUCGUGAAUUGGCUCUCAUUUUUAGAGAAGACUAAUAGGAAAGGUAAUUGGCUUAUAGAUGAGGCUUGUGCAAGGGAAAGAUUUCUGAACUUCGGAAACUUGAGCAAAAGUGGGGUGACAUUCUGUGGGCCUUACUGGAAGCUGAAAGGAGUUAUGAUCUUGUUAGAGCUGCAGGCUUCAAAUAUGGAGCUAUUUAGGACAUGGAAAAGCUCAUUCCAAAGCUCGAAUCAAGAGCAAGUGAGAAUGAUAUGCUUUAACAGAAUUUGGACUGGAUCAUAUCCAGAAGGAAUAAGCUAUGUAGAAGUCCAGAGCCGGGUUGGGAAGGCUGCGGUUGGGAAGGCUGCAGCAGCCAAUGGGUUCAUCCUUUCCUUAUGUUCAACUGGUGGGAGAGAAUACAUGCCUUUAGCUGAGAAACUCUUCAAUGAUGAUAACUGA